AUGUCAGCUGCCUCCUCACCCCAUCAGGGUUUUACCUCCAAUGAGGGCUGUGCUCCCAGAUGGCCCCGGCAGAUCUCACCUGGAAGCAGCAGUGGUUUGGGGGUGCUGGAUGGCUCGGAGGAGGAGCUGGAAGCGGGGGGCACACCCCAGGCAUGCUGUGGGCAGAGUCUGUGGGUCCCCCAGGGCAGGGAAGCAGCUGCCUGCCUGGGGGACACUGAAGGGAUGAAGGUGAGGAAGAGGAGCAGGCCGGUGCGCUCCAAGGCCAGGAGGAUGGCUGCCAACGUCAGAGAGCGUAAGAGGAUUCUGGACUACAACCAAGCCUUCAACGCCCUGCGCCUGGCCCUCAAGCAUGACCUCGGUGGCAAAAGGCUUUCUAAAAUCGCCACCCUCCGGCGAGCCAUCAACAGGAUCACGGCUCUGUCCCUGUCCCUGCACGGCGCCGGGUGCUGCUGGCCCUGCGCUCACUCCGAGUGCCACGGCUGGGCUGGGGUCCCUGCGCAGGAGCCAGGGCUGAAGGGCAGCUGCCCCCAGCUCCCCUGGGAGCCCGGUUCUGCAGGCACACGCUGCCCUCCGUCUCCUCUCUGUGCUGAGUUUUCCCCUCAGAGGCAGCUCCAUCACUACGAGAGCCCGAAGGAGGAUCACUCCAUGCCCAGCCCUGCCUGUUGCUCCAGUGGGAGCCCCCACCCUGUGCUCCGGGGCACCCGCCAGCAGCGACACACGGGCAGCCUGCAGGAUCCCCUGGUCGGGGCAAUCCCCUGGCAGCUGGGCUACUGCCAGAGCUGGGGACACCAGCAGUGCCUCCCCAUCCACUGA